AUGUCGACCUGCAACUCGACGUCUCGGCCCACGCAGGGGAAGCUAAGUUUGCCCGACCGCCGGCGGCGAAGCGCAUCGCCGCGGCAACGCCCUCAGGCCGCGUCGAGCCCGGCCAAGGCACGGCCGCGCAGCCAGAAUCCAUUAGCGUCGCCGAGCGCUGCCGACGUCGCUGCCUACCUGCGUGCCUUUUACCACCCGCUCGAGGUGAGACUGCUUCCACAGACAUUGUCUUUCGUGUCGUGGGACGGUGAGGAUGAUGACGACGACGAUGCCACUGCCACAGACCAGCACGUCGGGCUGCGCAAAGGCUCGUCGUCGUCGUUAUCGUCCGGCGUGACAGCGAAUCCGCACGCGCGCAUGCCCGGACGACCCGACGCGGCGCUGCCAGCCGACGCGUACGCACUGCUGAUCCUGACGGACCAGGACCUGUUUGAGGACGACGACGACGACUUUUGCUGCGGGCGCACGUACGGCGCCAGCCGUGUUGCCGUUGUUUCCGCUGCGCGGUAUCAUCCGCACCUGGACGACGAGGAAUAA